UUGGAUGGCUACUAACCCUUUAAUCUUUCUAUCAACAUAAUGUCAGAAUAGUAGAAUACUAACUUUGUAAUAAAAUAAAAGUUCUUAGAAUUCAUGAAAUAAAGGGAGUAAUUAAUUUAUCGACUAUGUUAGGUUUUUGAAUGUACAAUAUAUAUUUAGGUUUUAGUUUUGCAAAUAUAUCGAGCAAAUUGCCAUUAAGAUAAUUUUUGUUUCCUCCAUUUAAGAGAAGAAAAUAGAGGAAACAGGCCACGUACUCACAUGAUCUGUAAAAGAUGGCCAGCAGAAAAGCUGGUAAAAAGGGUUGGACGGCUAAGAUGACCCAUUAGUGGGUCCCAUUUAUUGUAUAAUUUUGUUUGAUAAUGAACAUAACUAGUAACGCACCCACCAAUAAUGCACAAGGAUGAUGUUACAUGAUCAGAAAUUUUAGGUAAGAGGGGGAAAAGAGAGAGUAGACAUAUGACAUCAAUAUAUUAGGAACAAUAAGAUCAGUAAAAGAUUAAUACAUAUAUCAGUAGAUCACUCGCUUUAUAAUAUCAUGUCUUAGAAAACUAGAGAUGUAUUGAAAAAUAAAACGGAAUCUUUUUAGACGUGAUUGAUAAAUAUUUGUAAUGUAAAUCUAAAAAAGUUGUAAAUAAUUCACUUUUGUUGUCCCAGUUAUGAUUGAUUAAACGUUCCAUGUCUUGAACAUGUGUAACGCUAAAGCCGAACACACUUAAGGAUGUAUACCUAUUUUUCUUUCUUGAGAGAUAUCUGUUUAUCUACGUACGUAUACGCCGUUGAUUAAAAAAGAGUGUCUAAUCUGACGGUAAAGGAUUCAUAUUAUUGUAGGGUUUUUUUACUCAUAUUGUAGGGUUGGUUUCGAAAGAAGAAAAUCUCUUCAUAUUUCUAAAAAAGGGAAGAGAAUCUUUUUGCUGCCAAGUUGUUUUGGCACUUGGAGCUUCACGGUUGCAUAUAUAUAACCAUCUCCAAGAAAUCAUAUCGAAUCAAAACCCAACGGUUGAGUUUCUAGGAUCAGAUUUAAAUCAGAGAACCAAUAGAGGUCAGGAAAACAAAGAUGGGUUUGAAAGAUGAGGACAAGAAAAUAGAAAAGUCUUCAGAAGAGCCAAUGGGACAUGGGACCUUAAGCAGAAAUAAUAGCCACAGCUCUUUGUCUCCAACAGAAGAUGAUGAAGACGAAGACAAGAAUCUUGAACUUGGUCCCAUGAUCGCUCUCAGAGAACAGCUCGAGAAAGACAAGGAUGAUGAAAGCUUAAGGAGAUGGAAAGAACAACUUCUAGGCAUUGUGGAUCUUGAGGAGGUUGGAGAGACUACGGAUCCGGUGGUAAAGAUAAUGAACUUAACAAUUAGGUCACCGGAUCGAGAUGACAUGGUAUUGACGAUCCCUGAAAACGGAAAACCGACAUCGAAAGGACCAUGGUUUACUCUUAAAGAAGGCUCUAAGUACACUCUCGUGUUUACUUUCCGUGUGAACAACAACAUUGUGUCCGGUCUCCGGUACAGCAAUACAGUUUGGAAGACCGGAAUCAAGGUAUAUAGUCGAAAGCAGAUGUUAGGAACGUUUAGUCCACAAGCUGAACCGUAUAACCAUGUCAUGUUUGAAGAAUCAACACCGUCUGGUAUGCUUGUUAGGGGCUCCUACUCCGUUAAAUCUAAGUUCGUCGAUGACGAUAAUAAGUGCUACUUGGAGAACAAUUAUACCUUUGACAUUCGCAAGAAUUGGCUGUGAUGAUCCAUCACAUAAGUUACCCGAAAACAUAUUAAUUGUAUUAUUCAUUAUUCUGUUACUAUUUGCUCUUUAAUUUAAACUUGUUCUUAAUUAAUGUAUGUUCAUAUAUAUAUGGUUAAAUUAAAUU